GAAAGAGUGCGGGCAGGAGGCGGAGGAAGCCACCGCUCUCUUUCCGAUAAAGAUCCUGCCGGGGCCGUGUGAGGAAAGCUCAUGUGCUGAGCGCCCGGAACCGGCCGCACAGUGUAAUCUCCGGCCAGCGUCUCCAUCAUCCCUGGGGUCCGGCGCACGAGGGGGCGGCAGGAGGCCAUGGACGAGGACCGCUCCGGGGAGCAGAUGAGACCGCUUCUCACCACGGGUCACGAUGAAGAAGCAGUGGUUGAUCUGGGGAAAACCAGUUCUACUGUCAACACAAACUACGAGAAGGAAGAACUGGAAAGUCACAGAGCGGUUUAUAUUGGGGUUCACGUACCACUAGGCAGACAGAGCCGUAGACGCCAUAGACAUCGGGGGCACAGGCAUCACCGGAGAAGAAGAGAAAAAGAAAAUGAUAAAGAUGAUGGCAGAGAAUCUCCGAACUAUGACACCCCAUCACAACGUGUCCAAUUUAUUCUGGGCACCGAGGAUGAUGAUGAAGAACACAUCCCACAUGACCUCUUUACAGAAAUGGAUGAGCUAUGCUUUCGGGAUGGAGAGGAAUGUGAAUGGAAGGAGACUGCAAGGUGGCUCAAGUUUGAGGAAGACGUUGAAGAUGGUGGUGACAGGUGGAGUAAACCUUACGUGGCCACCCUAUCUCUACACAGCCUCUUUGAGCUGCGAAGUUGCAUACUUAACGGUACAGUGAUGCUGGACAUGAGAGCGAGCACUAUCGAGGAAAUUGCAGAUAUGUUGCUGGAUAACAUGACUGCGUCAGGUCAGCUGGACGAUUCCAUGAGGGAGCUGGUCAGAGAAGCUCUCUUGAAGAGGCAUCACCACCAGAACGAGAAGAAGCUGAGUAACCGCAUCCCUCUGGUGCGGUCCUUCGCUGACAUAGGCAAGAAACAUUCUGAACCUCACUUGCUUGAACGAAACGGGGAAGGCCUUUCAGCCUCCCGUCUCUCAUUGCGAGCAGAAUCUCGCCUUUCCCUACUCCUCAAUUAUCUUCUUCCUCCCUCGAGAGGCGGAACCCCAGCUGGCUCCAGGCAAACCACCCCUGUACCAACCCCCCAAAACACGCCACCCUCUAGCCCCAAAUUCAGUCGGUUGGAGUCGUCAAGUUCUGAGCGGUGGGUCCCAGAGGUACAGCCUGUUACUGGUGAUGUUAUUCCUAUGGUAAUAGUUCAUCCGCCAGAGGAGGAUGGCGAAAAUGAUGAAGUCUCCGUCAUAAAGAAGGAAGAACAUGGUGAUAUUUAUCCAGGGCUGCUAUCUUCACCACAGUCAGCUCCAGGGAAUUUAGAUGUUGGCAAAUCGGCUGAGCUGAAACGUAACGGAACAGGGGGCAGUCAGGAGAACAGCACCGUGGACUUCAGUAAGGUUGACAUGAACUUCAUGAGGAAAAUCCCUCCAAGAGCUGAGGCAUCAAAUGUCUUGGUGGGAGAAGUAGAUUUUUUGGAUCGGCCGAUUAUUGCCUUUGUCAGAUUAAGUCCAGCAGUUCUCCUCUCUGGUCUAACAGAAGUACCGAUCCCAACAAGGUUCCUUUUUGUAUUAUUGGGUCCAACUGGAAAGGCAGCACAGUACCAUGAAAUAGGAAGAUCCAUUGCUACAUUAAUGACAGAUGAGAUAUUCCAUGAUGUAGCCUACAAGGCAAAAGAUAGAAAUGAUCUUCUUGCAGGAGUAGAUGAAUUUUUAGACCAAGUAACAGUCCUACCUCCAGGAGAGUGGGAUCCAUCCAUUCGUAUUGAGCCACCAAAAAGUGUUCCAUCUCAGGAGAAGCGCAAGAUCCCAACAAUACCAAAUGGUUCCACCCCAACAGGUGAGACGAUAAAGGAGGAGCAGCAUCAUGCUGGCCCCGAGCUUCAGAGAACUGGAAGGGUUUUUGGUGGUUUGAUGCUUGACAUCAAAAGGAAAGCACCUUUUUUCUUGAGUGACUUCAAGGAUGCAUUAAGCCUGCAGUGCCUGGCCUCCGUUCUUUUCCUAUACUGUGCCUGUAUGUCUCCUGUAAUCACUUUUGGAGGUCUUCUGGGAGAAGCCACACAAAACAGAAUAAGUGCAAUAGAGUCUCUUUUUGGAGCAUCAUUAACAGGCAUUGCCUAUUCUCUCUUUGCUGGACAACCUCUCACGAUAUUGGGAAGCACAGGACCUGUCCUGGUGUUUGAGAAGAUACUGUUCAAAUUCUGCAGGGAUUAUGACCUGUCCUAUCUGUCGCUGCGCACCAGCAUUGGUCUAUGGACAGCCUUCUUAUGUUUAUUGCUGGUGGCCACGGACGCAAGUAGUCUAGUCUGCUACAUCACACGGUUUACAGAAGAAGCAUUUGCUGCUCUUAUUUGUAUUAUAUUUAUUUAUGAAGCAUUGGAGAAACUGUACGAUUUGGGAGAAAAAUACGCUUUCAAUAUGCACAAUGAUAUUGAGUUGCUGACACAAUACUCGUGUGUCUGUGCAGAGCCAGCCAUCCCGAGCAAUAAAACUUUGGCUGCGUGGAGGGAAAAGAACAUCACAACCAGUGAAGUACCCUGGAGUAACCUCACAGUCUCUGGGUGUCUUGCGCAUCAUGGUUCGUUUGAGGGUCCAGCAUGCGGUCAUCAUGGUCCAUAUAUACCAGAUGUUUUCUUCUGGUGUGUCAUCCUAUUUUUCACUACAUUCUUCCUUUCAGCCUUCCUGAAGCAGUUCAAGUUUAAGAAUUAUUUUCCAACCAAGGUACGUUCUACAGUCAGUGAUUUUGCCAUCUUCCUGACUAUAGUCAUUAUGGUUCUCAUUGACUACCUUGUGGGUGUUCCAUCACCAAAGCUCCAUGUUCCUGAAAAGUUUGAGCCCACUCUGAAAGAUAGAGGAUGGAUCAUAGAUCCUCUUGGGCGUAAUCCUUGGUGGACAUUAUUAGCUGCUGCCAUCCCAGCCUUGCUGUGCACCAUUCUUAUCUUCAUGGAUCAGCAGAUCACUGCUGUGAUUAUUAACCGGAAGGAGCACAAGCUAAAGAAAGGGGGUGGCUAUCAUCUGGACCUUUUUAUGGUCUCCAUCAUGCUGGGAAUCUGUUCCAUCAUGGGCUUACCAUGGUUUGUAGCUGCAACUGUUCUAUCCAUCAGCCAUGUUAACAGCUUAAAAGUGGAAUCUGAGUGUUCUGCUCCAGGAGAACAGCCAAAAUUCCUGGGCAUCAGAGAACAGCGAGUGACUGGUCUUCUGAUCUUUGUUCUGAUGGGACUGUCUGUGUUCAUGACCUCUGUAUUGAAGUUUAUUCCAAUGCCGGUUCUGUAUGGUGUGUUCCUGUAUAUGGGCGCCUCUUCACUCAAGGGUAUACAGUUUUUCGACCGAAUCAAGCUGUUUGCAAUGCCUGCCAAGCAUCAGCCAGACCUGAUAUAUCUCCGUUAUGUUCCCCUCUGGAAAGUCCACGUCUUCACGGUCAUACAGCUCACCUGUCUUGUGCUGUUGUGGGUGAUCAAAGCGUCUGCUGCAGCUGUUGUGUUCCCCAUGAUGGUUCUUGCCCUGGUAUUUAUCCGCAAACUUUUAGAUUUCUGUUUUACCAAGCGUGAAUUAAGCUGGUUGGAUGAUCUGAUGCCCGAAAGUAAGAAAAAGAAAGAAGAUGAUAAGAAGAAAAAAGAGAAGGAGAUUGAAGAUGAUUCACCUGAGGAAGCGGAACGAAUGCUUCUGGCAGAGGAUAGUGGAAAUGUGCCGCUUGACUUUGAGGGCAGGAGCCUUCUCCAGAUUCCUGUAAAGACCUUGAAGUACAGCCUUGAUCCAUCAGUUGUAAACAUAUCAGAUGAGAUGGCAAAAACUGCACAGUGGAAGGCUCUUUCCAUGAACCCUGAAAAUGCCAAAGUAACCAGGUCUAACCAGAGGUUGUCAAAGUAAUGUAAAAUCUUCAUUUUUAUUUUUUUUGUCAAUGAUGUAACGUAUGGUCCUGACAAACCAGUUAGUGUGAAGAUCACCCUAGAAGAUGAAAGUUUCCGAAAAUACGUGGAUGCCGAAACCUCCUUAUAGAACCCCCAUCAAGAAGACGAGCGUGGAAAGAAGCGUGUGCGAGAUUGUAUGUGACGUGUGUGAAUGUACCUCGCGUGGCUAUCAGACCAUCAGUGCGUGACAACAUUUCCAGAAUACUGUAUGUGCGCCGGAUAAAUUAUUAGCACUGUAAAUACUGUAUAGGAUCUCAGGCGGGCUGUCUGCACAGGAUGAUCACUCGGCAAUUAUUUAUUCAAUAGGAAUUUUUAUAGAAUUCUUUUUAAUUGUAUAUUUAAUAACCUGUCAUCAAGCAAUAGUGUUAAACCCGAACCAUCGGGCAGUUCUCCAUAUGUCAUUCCCAUGUUCAUGUAUAAUGCAGAGCUGUUGUGCUUUUUAUUCAAUUUUUUUUUUAAGUCCUAAUUUGCUUGGAUGGAAUCAUUAGCCAAACCUGCCAGUAGGGUCACCAUAGGACGGUGGAUUUUAUCUUCAGUUGACAAAAGAACAAAGCAGAGAAGUCAUUGCUUAUACAGAGCACUUUGGCCUUCCAUACCCCUAAACGCGUGCUGUAAGAUGCCAGUUACCUCAGAUGAACCAUAUUCCCCCCCGGCAUGGCCACACUGUGUAUUGGUGCCACCCAGCAUUAAUAUAAUGGCUCCGAUGUACGGCCCGUCGUUUAUUCUGUGUAAUGGCUAGGCUGGCACUCUGGUUUGACAUGAGUCAAUUAACUCAGGAUAUUUGUGCAAUAAGCCACGUCAUAUUAUCAUUUUAAUUUUUUCGCCAAGUUUGCUACUAAGUAAUGAUGUGGCAAUUUAACUUUAGCUGCUCAUAUAUCAAGCUUUCACGCACAUUGUACCCCAGGGGCAAUCAUUAGUGAUUUCUGCAGUACGAUAAUGAAAGUAUCCUAUUGAAUUAGAAAAUGACACUACACUACACCUUAUUAUGAGAAAAACGGUCAGUCUGCUGAUUUCUUAAAGAGGAUGGGCCACAAAAUAGGUGAUUAAUUGUAUGAUCACGGGGGCAACCUCUAGGUCCCAAGGUGGGGUUCCCUGUGUAGUGCACAUGUCAUCUCUGCUCCAUUCACUACUUUGGGAUUAGUUGAGAUAGCCAAGUGCUUCACUCCGCAGUCCCAUAGAAGGGAAAAGAGCGGUGGCCACACAUACACGCUGUCACUCCACUCGCGUAGGAGAUUCGGGAACCCCUGCUCUUAUCAUUUGGAUCUCCACCACUAAACAAAGUUUGUGGGCCAGACCAUGUAAAUGGACAGUCGUACCCCCAGUCCUGAUUUGGAGGUAUCCAAUAAGUAAAGGGCCUAUUACACUGCCCUAUUUUCAGGCAGUUUUCUCGAACAAGCGUGUACUUGAGGCUCCAUUAUGGGCAGCACAUCUCCUUGUGUAAUCAGGGACGUGCCGCAAUACAACGGAAGGGGCAAGGAAAGAUCGCCAUAGCAAUCAUUCCUCCCCAUACACUUUGCAUCAGACAGUGUAAUAGGCCGAUGCAAAUGAGCGCUGAUUUAAUGAGUUUAUCAUCGAACAGCCUUCAUCUUGCCCAGACAUCACUGUAAGGGCUCAUGCAUACGACCGUAUGUUCGGUCUCUAUCCGAUCCGCAUCGUGCAUUUCAACAGGGCUGCAGAAGAUUCAUACAGCACCCUGUGUGCUGUCCAUUCCACAGCCUCGUAAACCAGAUGAAACGUGUCCUAUUCUUGUCUGUUUUGCGGACAAGGUAGGAAAUCUCUAUUCAAGUGAAAGAGAAAAUGGCAGCAUGCACACAGCCGGGAUCCGUGUUUUUCAGAUCCCCGAUUUGUGAACCGCAAAACGCUUAAUGGCCGUGUGCAUGAGCCCUAAUAGGAGCUUUACACUUUAAGAACUAGACAUCUAGCGGCAUUGUAGCAGAGGCUUCUCUCUUCCUUCUUCUUCGCAUUCUCAAGUAAAUUGGGGGAUUAAGACAACCAUAUACAUACCAAGACAUGAAUACAUGUAUAAAAAGCUAGGGUGUGGACCCAUGCUGAAAUCUAAUAAUCAGAAAUCCAGAUUUACUUACCGUUUCUCAACAAAUAAAAGCAAACCUGUAAGCAGUAUUACCUGAUUACACGUAGUAGGAAUCCAGUACCUGCCUGUCACAUUACAACGCAGUCAUUAGUCUCAGUGGAGUAUAUCGAAUAGCCCUGCCAUCAGUGGAGACCACUGCUCAGAUAAUCCUGCUAUUUCUAGGUGGCUAUUCACACUAUCUACAAGUGUUGUGUGUGACUUGUAGCCUAUGUAGAAAGGACAUGUAUUUCAGUACAUAGGGAGAGCUCCCUCCUUUCUUCACAUAUUGCAGAGAGGUGUAGCGGAUUGACAUAAAGUUAAAGGCUAUGAACACCUUUAGGAGCAAUUUGUUUUAUCAUUGCAUUUAGCUCAUUUUGGGCCAAAAAGCUAUUUUUUUUUUUGUUGAUCUUUAGUAAACAUUUUGAACGGUUUCUAUUUUACUAUCUUCACUUUCAGUGUACCUGCAGACUACUGCUUUGUGUGUUAACAGAAUCCGUCAGGGGCUUUCUCUGACGACUCCAUGUGUAGCCCUCAUCUCUGAACUCCUGACAGCUCGGAAAACACUCAUUGUAGCUCAAUUCUUAUCAGACUGAAAAGAGUGCUUAUGAGCGGUCAGGAGUUCAGAUGUGGGUGCGGCCACAUGUUCAGGGUUUCUGAUGCAGUUUUUGAAGUAUCUUUAAUACUUUCACUUCUCCUGAUUUUUACUUAAAAAAAAAAAAAAAGAGUGCACCAUAAAAUGUGAGAAAGUAUUAAAGAUGCUUCAAAAACUGUAUCCGAAAACCUGAAAGUGUGGCUGUACCCUAAGAGCCACAUAUUGAGCCGUCAGAGCAGCUCCCUGGCUAAAACUGAAAUAGUCUGCAGAUACACUGAAAGUGAAGGCUGUAGAACAAAGUGUUGAAUAAUUUUAUUAAAAACCAAAAGAAGUUUAUCAGCCCAAAAUGAGUAAAAUGCAUUGAUAAAAAAAUGCCACCAAAGACUUUUUUUGUGCAAUUCCACUGCUCACUUUUAGGGAAAGACUAAAGACACCCAUACACAUUAGAUAAACCUCUGCCAAACUCGAGAUUUUGGUGGGACCAGUCAGGGAUCUAAUGUGGACACUCCCCCCGACAGCAGAUUUUUGGGGGGUCUAGGGUGGUAAGAGGAGGUAUGUUAAGGUUCAACAUGCCUGAUCCAUUGUAUGGGCAUUAAGUGAGCAGCAUCCGCUUACACUCCUCUCCCUGCUGUGAACAUGUGUAUAGCCAGCGCAAAGAGAACCUCCACCCUUUAUCAUGUCUUUUUUGCUGAAUAAUUUUUUAAUAUAUUUUUAAAGUGAUCAAAGAUCAUUUUUUUCUGAUGCCGAGCUCAAACUUCUCUGCAUAGCUAUGAUACAUUUCUUACUGCAACAACCACCAGGGGGAGCUCAGGCUUCUACAGCAUGCUGUGCUAUGAUUUAGUUAUAUAUAUGGUAUGCGGUGGACUGUACUCCACCUAUGGGUGUCUGCAGGCAACUUUUUGUCACUGGAGGGAAAAAACAGACUAGCACAAAAUGAAGGACCCAUUCAGAAACAAAAUGGUGGUCAGUAGUGGACAUUGACUUUAGGCUAAACCCAAAUACUCCCAUUAGUUCUGUGUACCACCUUGCAGCAAAAUGGUUGUGUGUAGUUGUGAUGGGCGGUUUGGUUUGUCUGCCAUCUAUGGCUUUCUAGCCGCAGCAUUAGUAGUGUCCGCCACUAUACCGUGAAAUGGAAACUGUAUUGCUGUGAAUAUAAAUUCAAAUUUAACAAAACCUCCAUCUGUCUUCUGCGGUACAGCCGCCAUCACAUUUACCAUCAUUACUUUUUCUCUCAUUUCCUCCAUCAUGCUUCUUCUGUACUUAGAAAUGGUCUCUAUUCUGUGCAGGAAAACAAUUGAUUAUGUAUUUUUACAAUAAUUGUUGUUCUUAUAUGUAAGACGUUAUGUUCCUUUUUGAAUUUUGUCUUAGUUUUGUAACUUUGUAUUUCUCCUUUUGAUUUUAACGACCUUUCGGAUUAGUUGGAUACAUGCUGGCUGCUUUAUUUGCUCACUGUAGGCUGGCAUUUCACCCUUGGUCGAUUUGAGACUUGUGGAUUCAAUAUGCUGUGUCCCACUGACUCUAAGACCAGGACAUCCAAAUUGGUUACAUGGCCUUUUUAUUCUUUCCCAGUUUCAUAUCUAAAUGUCAAUUAAAAAGGCUGUUGACCGAGGUCAUACAUUUGUAGAAGUAUUUCCUAUAGCCAAACCUCUAAGAUUCCAUGAAGUAGGUGAGCGGAUGGGAUUUUUGCCUGUGUGGAAUAAUCCAUAAUCUGUUGGUAUGUUUACACUUCACGGCCCCCCUGUGUAGGUCGUUAAUAAAUGCGGUUUUUAAUUUAAGUAUUUUUGUAUAUUUUAGUAUACGGAUUAAAUGGGUGAUACGAGUGUGAUACUUGGUGCAUUGAACGUUAUGAACUUGAAACGUGGAAGAUUUUACCUGCAGCUUUUGUCUUUUUUUUUUUCUUUUUCUUUUUUUUCCAUGACGAUACAAACGACAAUUUCUUCUUUUCUCCUGUUUCCACUUUAGUAUCUUGAAUACAACCGUGUUGUCUUCCAUUGUUUGGUUAGCGUACCUGAACAUAGCCAGACAUUUAGUAUUUAUUAUACUGAAGACGUAUAUGAAAGCACAGCACCAUUUUUAUUUUAUUUUUUGUAUUGAAAAUAGUGUGUUCUUCUUUUUGUAACAAAAUCCAAAGCAAGUUCCAAAACCAUAAAUUAUAUUUUGUUAGUUUUUAUGACAGAUAUGUGAGUUUCUUGUUUUACCUGAGAUGUGAAAACCCUGCCUUUAUAAUCUGUUGGAAAACUUAGAAAAUACAAACUAUAUUUUGUAAUGUUAAAAAGAAAACAAAGUUGAUUGAAAGCAAUAAAAGUCUACUGAAAUUUCUAA